GGAAAGCCCAAAUGUGUGCCAUGGUUUAACAACUAUGUUUAUUGUUUAGUGCGAGUAAACGUGUUUAACUGAACACAACUAUUUUCAAGUAUAUAACGACCUUUUGAGGAACAAGUAAAGAAGCAAACAAAGAAUUAUAAAAAAAGAUUAAGAAUGCAGCUAACAGCUUGGAUCCUUGUUUUCCUAGCUUUCAUUCAUUCCGGCUGCGGAAUUCGUUGUUUUAUUGACAAUAAAGUAGGCUCGCAGAUUUGCGCUACCGGAAAUGGAAUUGCCAGAUGCGCAAUUAGGACCGAAGUUGGCGGAGUGACGAGCAGAUACUGUAUUGGAGAAGCCAGUAAUCUGGGCUGCACAGCUGAUGGCACUGGGACAGUUUGCAUCUGCGAGAGCAACGAAUGUAACGAGUCAGCUACUAGAGCAGGAAAUAAUGCACCAUCACUGGAAGCUCUAGCUGUAUUAACUCUUGUAUCUUGUUUUAUUACUCUUUAUGUUUAAUCUAAAUGUUAAUGUUAAGAUUUAUAAGAAAUUUUUAAAUAUCAAUCAAAGUUAUUGAGUUUUCGCCCCAAACUCUUAUUUUUCUAAUCCCUUAUCUUUGCAAUCUGAUGUCGUGUACCAUGCUAAAAUGUAAUUCUUUGAGAUAAAAUAAUCUAAUCAAUGGUUUACACCAUCAGGUUGUAAAGAAUUAGAAA